CAUUCCUGCGUUGUUUGGGGAUAGUAGGAAGAUGGCGGCGGCCCCGCUGUACUGUGUCUGCCGGCAGCCCUACGAUGUGAGCCGGUUUAUGAUCGAGUGCGACAUCUGUAAAGACUGGUUUCACGGCAGCUGUGUCCAGGUGGAGGAGCACCAUGCUGUGGACAUUGACGUUUACCACUGCCCCAACUGUGAUGUCUUACAUGGACCCUCCCUGAUGAAAAAACGCAACAACUGGCACCGGCAUGACUAUACGGAGCCAGACGAUGGAACCAAGCCAGUGCAAGCUGGCACCUCAGUGUUUAUCAAGGAGCUGCAGAAUAGGAACUUUGCCAGCGGGGACGAGGUUCUGAUGCGGAUGAGGGGUGAGCAGGUGACCACCAGGUACCUGGAAAGGCAUGGUUUCAAUUACCCCAUAGCCGUCACAGAGAUGGAAGGCCUGGGACUUAAACUGCCUCCGCAAACCUUCUCUGUCAGAGAUGUGGAGCAGUAUGUGGGUGGUGACAAGGUCAUUGACGUGAUUGACGUGGCACGGCAGGCAGACAGUAAGAUGAAGCUCAGUGAAUUUGUCAAGUAUUUCUCCAAGCCCCACCGGCCCAAAGUCCUCAACCUCAUCAGUCUGGAGUUCUCUGACACCAAGAUGUCAGAGUUGGUGGUGGUGCCUGACGUAGCUCAGAAGAUGUCCUGGGUGGAGAACUACUGGCCGGAUGACUCCUUUUUCCCCAAGCCCUUCGUCCAGAAGUACUGUCUGAUGGGGGUCAAAGACAGCUACACAGACUUCCACAUAGACUUUGGAGGCACCUCUGUUUGGUACCAUGUUCUCUGGGGUGAGAAGGUCUUCUACUUGAUCAAGCCCACUCUGGCCAACCUUGCACUAUAUGAGGCAUGGAGUUCGUCACCCAAUCAGAGCGAGGUGUUCUUCGGGGACAAAGUGGACAAGUGCUACAAGUGUGUCGUACCCCAAGGAACCACCCUGCUCAUCCCCACAGGAUGGAUCCACGCUGUUCUCACCUCUCAGGAUUGCAUGGCAUUUGGAGGGAAUUUCCUCCACAACCUCAAUAUUGGCAUGCAGCUCAGGUGUUAUGAAAUGGAGCGCCGCCUGAAAACCCCAGACCUCUUCAAAUUCCCUUACUUUGAGGCCAUCUGUUGGUACGUGGCCAAGAACCUCCUAGAAACUCUUAAAGAGCUACGAGAGGACAACUCUCCACCCCCGACCUACCUAGUUGAUGGAGUCAAGGCUUUAAUCAGUGCACUGAAGACCUGGUUGAAAAGAGAGGUGACUGAGCCCACCAGUGAGGUACCUGACCACAUCAGGCCCAACCAUCUCAUCAAAGAGCUGACCAAGGAAAUCCGCUACCUGGAGGAGGAACCAGGCAGUGCUGGCAAGCCAGUGAAAUCUCAGGGAAGUGGGCCUGGAGUUGGGGCUGGAUCAGGGGGCUGUCCAGCAACCCGCUCCACACUGGAAAAGCUGUGCCAAGCACGGCAUGCCCGAAGAGCAGCCAGACGACUGCGGGAGCAGCAAAGACAUGCUCCGAAGGUGCUCUCCAACCUGGAUAUCUUGGAGCAGCACACCAGAGAGGUGUUGAAGAGACUGGAGGUGGGGCCUCUGGAGGAGGACCCAGCGUUCUGUGCCAAGGUUCAUGGGAAGCUCAACAAGGUGUCAACUGCAUCGGCAGCUGCUGCUGAAUGUCUAGAUGACAACCACCUGCGGCUCAUGCUUGUCAACGGCAGAAUCAUCCAAGAUGUGAGGCGGCCAGGCACGGGGAGCAGUCCAGUGAAGGUGGAGGGUGAGAGGUCAUCGGCAUGUCAAGACCUGCCCAAGGUAGACGUGUUAGUGAACAUAGAGCCCAGCCAGGAACGGCACAGCACAGUACAGCAGAGAAGCCCACACUCGUACAGAGGUCUGGAGAGGGUGAAGACUGAACUCAGGGAAGAAGCCUCAGGACACUUCAGUGUGUCAGACGUGGAGUCAGACAGUGACUCAGCCACAGAGCGGAAAGCAUCGUCAUCUUCAUCUUCGGAGGAGGAUUCAGGGAGCUCCCAGGAUGAAGAGGAGGAGGAGGAAGACAGGGGCUGGUCUCAAAGGGAGGGCUCAGGGCACACCAUAGAGCUGGACCAGACUGGCGAGAAACUCAGGCACAAACACAGACCACUCAAAAGAGAACAUCCUACCUCACCCUGCACAGAAGAGGCCAUUCAGGGGAUGCUGUGUAUGGCUGGCCUGCUGUGCCCCUCCAAGCCAGAGAAGGGAGCCACCUCCCAGGAACCCUGGUGGUCCAGCCCCAGCCGGCACUCGCCACCUGAGCAGAGGGAGCAGGCACAGCACCAGAGGCGGCUCCAUGGGGACAAGAGCCCAAUGGACAGCCAGGGCAACAGCAGUAGUGAGGCCUGGGACAAUCAGGGGCUCUGCCUUGGAGCCCCCAGCCCUCUUAGCCAAUGCCAAACCACCAGCCCAGAGACGGACUACCAGUACUGUGACCCUUCAAUGUCUCCCCCCCUGCACCCCUCAAAGAGACACGCCCCCAACCCCCCUCCUAUCAGCAAUCAGGCCACAAAAGGUAAGCGGCCCAAGAAAGGGAUGGCCACUGCCAAGCAGAGACUGGGAAAGAUCCUGAAGCUCAACAGACACAGCCGGGUGUUUGUGUAGUGCUCCAGUUGAUAACGGGCAAAGGCUGGGAAGGAUCCUAAUCCGUCCCACCCCACCCUCAAAUCUUCAAACUGGGAAACAUGCACGCAACUGGUUUCCAGACACUUCUGUGCUAUAGAAAUGGAAAAACACACACACGCACUCUCUUGACUGCCUGGGGACGACCCGAAACCGAAAGACUGACGUGUAAACACGCUCACUGUGCAUGCUUAGGAGACAGGGUAUUGGAUUCACACCAAGUGAGUGCAUGGCUCCACUACAAGCACACUAAAAGGAUAAAAACACGACAAAUAAACAAGAAGGGAGGUGGAGAGAAAAAAAACACAAACCUUUGAGGACAAGCAUGUUACAGCCUCUACAGCUGCAGGGAAACUCUUAUUAAGUGGGCAUUGAAAUGGGCCAAGGAAACCAGAUAAUAUUUUCUCUGGCUUCCAACGCAGCAAGACAUCCACUACUCUCGAUGCCAAAACAUCCGCAUCACACAUUCGCUAAUAUUUCCCCUCUGUGUGUGUGUGUGUCUGUGUGUGCGUGUGUGUAUAUAGCUUUUCCCUCUCACCACUCUCAUCAGUGGCUCUCUGCAGCAAGCUGACAUUGGAGGGGUGGAGCAGCAGGUCACACCGAGUAGUAGGCCGGCCUCCAGUUUGGUUGAGACACUGGGUUUUUUUGUUUUGUUUCUAAGAAGCAACUGGCUCUUUAGCCGGUGUCCAUCUCUGUCAGACCCUGACAGGGAGGGAGGGGAAAACAGGUGCUAAGGAGGAAGAUUUGAACUGAAAUUUCAAAAUGGUGCUCAUUGUUUUGACUUUGUCCACUCAUGCCCCCCUUCCCCUUCGACUCCCCUCCCCUGAACUCCCUUUAUGUUAAUCACACCAGCAAUAAUGAGGAGAGAACGAGUAGAGGCAGCACUUCGGUGUAUUCUCCCCCAUUCUUCAUUGAUAUAUAUAUACAUAUUAUAGCCUGGCAUUCAUGUGGAGGUUACUUUAACAUGUACUACCUACCCAAGCAUUGUUGCAGACCAAGUACACCCCUUCAUGGCAACAGUAUUCCCUGAUGGCAGUGGCCUCUUGCAGCAGGAUAGUGCAACCCUGCCACACUGUAAAAAUUGUUCAGGAAUGGUUUGAGGAACAUGACAACGUGCUCAAGAUGUUGCCUUGGCCUCCAAAUUCCCUAGACCUCAAUCUGAGCAAACGUCUGUGGGAUGUGCUGGACAAACAAGCCCAAUCCAUGGAGGCCCCACCUCACAACUUGCUAGACUUAAAGGAUCUGCUGCUGACAUCUUGGUGCCAGAUACCAGAGGACACCUUCAGAGGUCUUGUGGAGUCCAUGCCUCGACGGGUCAGAGCUGAUUUGGUGGCCACGAGGGGGACCUACACAAUAUUAGGCAGGUGGUUUCAAUGUUUUGGUUGAUCAGUGUGUGUGCGUGUGUCUACAUACAUACAUAUAUAUAUGUGUAUAAUUUAUCAAUUAUUUUGUGCAUGAACCAGGUCUAAAACAACUGCAAUUUGAUCCUCAGUGUUUUUCUAAGUAUUACCAAGUUGCUCAGUUGACUGCAUUAAAAGGUUCUGGACUUCCCAGUCUGAUCAAUAUUGGUAUGUGAUCGGAGAAGGGACUCUAUCCCUUCACUGACCCUGAGGGGGAAAAAAAAGGGGGGGGGGACUGACGCUGAAAGUGCUGCCUCUCGAUGAGCUUAUUUAGAAUAGGAAUUAUUAAGAGUCGUUCACUUGGUUGAUCACUUUGAUGGUAAACGACUGGCAAGAUGUCCUGCUUAAUUUAUUUCUUUUUAUCUGUGAUGGGGAUUUUUUUUGGCGUUUGUUUUGUAAUGUUAUUUUUAAUGGAUUCUGAAUGAUGUAUUUAUUAACUGAAAGAGAUGAAUGAUUUUAUUAUAUUUUGACCCCUAAACAUUG